GCAGUCCAACCGUCAUCAUCAUCAUUUUUGUUUACAUUUUUUCAGUGCAGUAAGAUUCCCUGAAAUUUUUCAUUUUUCCUCUUCAAAUUUAGUCCCAGUUUUCCAAGUGAAUUGUGAAAAAGAUGCUGUGGACUCUGUUCGGUCUGGUGUCAUGCAUUAAGCUUCUCUUCCUUCCGGCUUACCGGUCGACGGAUUUUGAGGUUCACCGGAACUGGCUGGCUAUAACUCACAGUCUUCCGCUGGGCAGAUGGUAUUAUGAGGACACUAGUGAAUGGACACUGGAUUAUCCGCCCUUUUUUGCGUAUUUCGAGUGGAUUCUCUCGCAUUUGGCAAAGUUUUUCGAUGAGAAAAUGCUGAUUGUUGGGAAUCUCAAUUACUCCUCGGAGCGGACGAUCCUCUUCCAGAGACUAUCAGUCCUUGUCACGGACGUUGUGCUGUUGCUGGGGGUCAAAUCAUGCCUCCAGGGAAUGUCCAAGUGGUCAGAGAAGAAUCUCCUGGCCAUUUUGGUGCUCUUCAAUGCGGGUCUGCUUAUGGUGGAUCACAUCCACUUUCAGUACAAUGGGAUUCUCUUUGGAUUUCUGCUUCUCAGCAUCGGAGCGAUUAUCCAGGAGAAAUUCCUCCAGUCAGCACUCUUCUUCUCCAUUCUCCUCAACAUGAAGCACAUUUUCAUCUACGUGGCACCCGUUUAUGUUGUUUUCCUAUUAAAACACCAUUGUCUUCUGGGUAAGAAUCCUCUGAAAAAUCUCUUUCAGCUCGGAAUGAUUGUCCUGGGAACGACUCUGCUGUCCUUUGGACCCUUCCGCCAGCAAAUUCCACAGGUCCUCUCGCGUCUAUUUCCCUUCAAACGUGGUCUCUCUCAUGCGUAUUGGGCUCCAAAUUUCUGGGCAAUGUACAAUUUAGCGGAUAAAGUGGUGGCUAGUAGUUUGGGAAUUAGAGCUGAAGGUUCAUCGACAUCCAGUGGACUUGUUCAGACAUUCAGCCAUGUGGCACUUCCGACCAUCUCCCCACUGAUCACAUUCCUUCUCACGGCUCUCUUCAGUCUCCCCUGCACCAUAAAGGUGUUCUUGGGGCGAAAUGGGGCAGCUAAGUGGGAGGAUUUUGUGAGGGGAGUCGUUCUAUGUGCAACGACGUCCUUCAUGUUCGGAUGGCAUGUGCACGAAAAAGCAAUUCUCAUGGCAAUAAUUCCUCUCAG